AAUAUUUACAAAUUUUGUACUAACAAAUGGAGAAAAAUGAGAUGCUUUCUAUAGAAGAACAACAUAAAGAAGAUUCUCAGACAGAAGUACCUUUGCAAGAAGAACCUGCAGAAGAGGACUCUCUUAAAGAAGUAUCAUUUCAAGAAGAUCUUCCUCUUGAAAAACUGAAAGAAGAGGAGCAUUUAAGAGAGCAGAAAAAUGAAGGAGGAACUUCAGAGCAAAAUUCUUCUUCACUAUUGUCUCUUAAAAUACUAAAAUCUGAAGUGACUCCUCCCAUUCGUAAAGACUUUAAUAAAUAUAAGCCCAAAUCUAUCUUCAUUGGGAAUAUUAAUUUCGCUGCCGAUAUUGAUGCAAUCAAGCGUCUCUGUGCAUUGCCAGGUCCUUAUAAAUAAAUUGAAGUUAAAUUACAAUUCAGAGACAAACAAAUUUACUGGCUCUGCCUUCUGUGAGUACAUAGAUGCUGAUAUUGCAAGCUCAGCCAUAAGAAAUCUCAAUGGGUACGAAUUUUUAGGCAGGAAAUUAGCAACUGGGUACACUAAAAAUUAGCAAAGAUUUUGACAAGAUAAAAAAGUGGGAAAUGGAGUCAUUAGAAGCCUGGGAUAUAAGUAAUCCAGCUCAAGAGCAGCUUUUGAAAGGAUUCAGAAAAUAUUUAGGAGGAGAAGAAGAUCUCUCAGAGUUUAUGAAAUCUUACCGCCAACUAUACAAAAAUAUGUCGAUACAACAGAAGGAGAACUUAUUGGAUAGUAUAAAGGGAGUUGUUUUAAAGUCAGAAGAACAUGAGAACGCCAUUGAGUACAUUUUAGAUAAGCAUCCAGACCUUUGAGAAAUUUUGCUCGAAAUCGAAGAUGAUGUAAUAGAGUCUUACAAAAAUAACUCAAACUCUUAG